AUGCUGUACACAUCCGACGACGUGAAGAGAUCGAAGCUCAUGCAUCUAUUUGUGACAAAACAGCUGUGUUGGAUCCGUUCCAGGAUAACUCCGUUCACAUCCAGAAGUUCUGAAAAUGUGGAGAAACAACCACAACUGUCUUCUGCUAGUGAAUCGGUUGCGGUUUUUGACGUUGUGACAGACAAGGAUAAAAUGGCAGAUGAUGGAUCGGCUCAAGAUGAAUCCGUGAGUGGUGGACCAGGACAAGGCUUACCUGCCAGUUCACAAGCUCAACCGACGCGUCCUCACAGCCCCCUUCCCUCCCCUUCACAUGGACACCCUGAUCCGUUGAUGCCUGUAGCUGAGAAUUGGUGCCAUACACAGGUCAAAGUUGUGAAAUUCAAUUACAUGUGGACAAUCAACAAUUUUUCAUUUUGUCGAGAAGAAAUGGGAGAGGUGCUGAAGUCAUCGACAUUUUCGGCUGGUGCCAGUGAUAAGCUGAAGUGGUGUCUUCGUAUAAAUCCUAAAGGGCUGGAUGAAGAGUCACGGGAUUACCUCUCGCUUUACCUCUUGCUCGUACAAUGUGCAAAAAGUGAAGUGCGUGCUAAAUUCAAGUUCUCGAUACUUAAUGCCAAACGUGAGGAAACCAAAGCUAUGGAAUCGCAACGUGCUUAUCGAUUCGUGCAAGGGAAAGAUUGGGGAUUCAAGAAGUUUAUAAGACGAGAUUUUUUGUUGGAUGAAUCAAACGGGUUACUUCCUGAUGAUCGGCUGAGUAUUUUCUGCGAGCAGUUCAUCACUGGUGGUACCCGUCGUGGUCGCCUGCAUGUCCUCGUUUCGUUAGCAUCACCCAACUACCAGGCCCAAAGCCACGUUCAUACGUAUGUGCCUGCGAGUGGAAGGAAGAAAAGAUAUAGAUGGGGCAAUUUGCCACAGAAACAGGUUUAUAAGGUCUCGGUGGUUGCGGAGACAGUGAACGUCACCGGGCAAACAAGUGCUCAACAAUUCAAGGUACCACCUUGUCGACUUUCGGAAGACCUUUCUGCACUAUUCGAAAGUAAACAGUUCAGUGACUGCACGCUUGUCGCGAAUUGCAAGUCGAGCGGGCCACAAACAUUCCAUGUACACAAGGCCAUCCUCGCCGCGCGAUCGCGUGUAUUCCAUGCAAUGUUCGAGCACAAUAUGACGGAAUCGGAGCGGAAUGAGGUCGCUAUCGACGAUGUCGAACCCGAUGUAUUGCGAGAGAUGCUUUGCUUUAUGUAUACGGGGAACUCGCCCAGUGUAGAUCAAAUGGCGCAACAUCUCAUCGCUGCUGCUGACAAAUAUCACUUGGAUCGUUUGAAGGUGAUGUGUGAGCAGGCGUUGUGUGCAGCGUUGACCGCGGAGAAUGCGUGUGUUACAUUGGUAUUGGCCGAUCUCUACUCUGCGGAACAACUCCGGACCCACGCAAUAAACUAUAUCAACGUCAACGCCACUGAGGUGAUGAACUCGGAAGGGUGGAAGGACCUGGUGAAGGAGCAUCCGACACUUCUCGCCGAAGUCUUCAAGGCCCUCGCCACGCAACAAACGCCUCCCGUUGUGCUGGCUGCACCGCCGAAGAAACGGAUCAAACAUUGCCCGUACUGA